CCCAGAACCCGCAACUCGGCAGCCAUGCCGCCGCCGCUCAAGAAUCGCAGCCACGCUCCCGCGAAGGCCGGGCAGAGCCGGCCGCCGCCACGCCAGCCGGGGCGGCGGAUGGCUAGCCGCGACGGUGGGGAGCGAGCGGCCUUCUUCGCGCGGCGCGAGGCGGCCACGGUGCUCCGGCGCGUGCUACGCGGGGACGCCUCCAAGCGCUCCGGGGGAUCCAUCAAGUCCCUCGUCUUCUCCCCCUCCGUACGCAACAAGCGUGCCACCUUCGCCCUCGUCUGCCAGACCCUCAAGUAUCUUCCAAUUCUUAAGGAGGUUUUAGCAUCAAGUGGAGUAUUCAGCAGCAAAUGGAAGAAACAAGAGGAAUUAGUUUAUGUGACGGCCUACGACAUCCUCUUCGGUCAGGAAAUUGCAGUUUCUGGAUCUGUCGAGGAGUAUAUUAUGCUACAUAAAGAUACUUUUAGGACUGCUCUUCAGAAAAUAUGUGUUAAAAGGAAAGUCAGUAAUGUUGAGGACUUGUUAAGCGAGAAAACUACAGUCAAACCGAAGCCCAGGUUUGUUCGUGUAAACACACUCAAGACCACAACAGGAUCGGUUAUUGAAGUACUAAGUAAAAUGCACAAGGUUGAUAAAGAUGAUAUGGUUCCAGACAUGUUGGUGCUCCCUCCUGGAACUGAUAUGCAUAAACAUCCAUUGGUCACAGAUGGAAAGGUGUUUUUGCAGGGAAAAGCAAGUUGUAUGGUGGCAGCUGCAUUGAGUCCUAAGCCGGGUUGGAAGGUUAUUGAUGCAUGUGCGGCUCCAGGGAACAAAACAGUCCAUCUUGCUGCACUCAUGAAUGGAGAAGGGAGUAUUAUUGCUUGUGAACUUAACAAAGAGAGGGCCAAGACAUUGCAACAUACUGUCAGAAGAUCUGGAGCAAACAAUAUUGAAACAGUUAUUGGUGACUUUUUGAAUAUAGAUAGCAAUGAUCCGUCAUAUGCAGAGGUUCGUGCUAUUCUAUUAGACCCCUCUUGCUCUGGAUCUGGAAUCUCUACCGAGAGACUCGACCACUUGCUUCCUUCACAUUCUAUAGAUGAUCAGGAUGAUGGAGGUUCAAGCGCAAGGAUCCGGAAACUGUCCGCCUUUCAGCGGAAAGCUCUCUCACAUGCUCUAUCAUUUCCCUCUGUAGAGAGAUUGGUCUACAGCACCUGUUCAAUACACCAGGCAGAGAAUGAGGAUGUCGUCAGCUCUGUGCUACCUUUAGCCUCAUCACUCGGUUUCGAGCUCGCUACCCCAUUCCCUCAAUGGAGGCGCCGUGGCCUUCCGGUCUUCGACGGAGCCGAGCAUUUGCUUCGGACGGACCCCGAGGAUGAUCUGGAGGGAUUCUUCAUAGCGCUUUUUGUGAGGAAAGCAGCCGCCGCAGAUGCUUUGGAGCCUAGCGAAGACGGUCGCGCUUUGGGAAGGAAAAGGAAACGAGCUUGCACAACGCGAAGCGGAGGUCUCAGGGCGUUCAGCUCCUUGAGAUUGUCCAGGAUGGACGUGCUCUGCUCCAUCUGGGGUAUAUAGAGAUGUUGAUGUUGCCCUAGGAUCUUUGAGCGAUUUCUUUUGGUAGCGGCAGCUGAACGAAGCCGGCGUUGGACUUGUAACUGAAUUUUGCAUUUUCUCGAUAUGUAGGCAGAAUUGUGAACUAAGGCCACAUUGUGCACGUUCAGUUUUGAAGCAAUUAACAUCGAAAAAGGGACGUGUAUUAGGACGCGGAGUUUCUGCUCCCAGACUCA